GUGGAAAAGUUUCCAUUUAUCCUUCCUUUGACGGACAAUGAAACAAUAGAUUCAGCCAUGGAGGAAGUCCAGCAACAAGUUGUGGCACUUCAAGUUGAUGACAUUUCAUCUCUUCUAGAAAAAGAAGGCACUGUUGAUGUCAAGUGGGCUGAAUUAUCAAGAGUUCGUGGAGUAGAUGGCUUCCUGAAGUAUAACAGACUGUCAAAGAUAAUGCUAUCAAUUCUGUCAAUUCCCCACAGUAAUUCAGAAUGUGAGCACAUUUUCAGUAUGGUAAAAAAAAAACAGAACCCAAUUUAGGUCCUCCAUGUCAUCUGAAACUUUGCAGUCUAUUUCUGUGUUGAAAUCAAGGAAUUGUGUUUGUUAUGAACAAAGGUUUACCUCUGAUUUUUUAGGUAAAGCAAAGAAGGCAACUGCUGCACAUUUAAAGUCUUAAAAUUGCAUCAAGGAUGAUAAUCAGGAGAUGACUGAAAUAUGUAACAAACAUGUGAUAUAGCAAGGUCAUCACUCGACCACUUCUCUCCUCGCCUAUUCAACAGAUGCUCCCGGCAAGGGGCACUUUAAUAUGGCAGUUCAUACAGCACCUCCGAAACGAAAAGAAAUAUACAAGUACGAAGCACCAUGGCCAUUGUAUAGUAUGAAUUGGUCUGUACGUCCGGAUAAACGUUUCAGGCUUGCAUUAGGAAGCUUUGUUGAAGAGUAUAACAACAGAGUACAAAUAGUGUCAUUGGAUGAGGAUACCUCGGAAUUUAGUGCAAAAAGUUCUUUUGACCAUCCAUAUCCAACAACAAAAAUUAUGUGGAUACCGGAUAGUAAAGGAGCUUUCCCAGACCUACUAGCAACAAGUGGAGACUAUUUACGAGUCUGGAGAGCUGGUGAGCCUGACACGAGAUUGGAGUGUAUCCUAAACAACGUUAGUACGAACAAAAAUUCAGAUUUUUGUGCACCAUUAACAUCUUUUGAUUGGAAUGAAGUUGAUCCAAAUUUAAUUGGUACAUCAAGUAUUGAUACAACUUGCACCAUAUGGGGCUUGGAAACAGGACAGAUGAUGGGACGUGUUAGCUGUGUGACUGGACACGUAAAAACACAGUUAAUAGCUCAUGACAAGGAAGUAUAUGAUAUAGCGUUCAGCAGAGCUGGUGGGGGUCGUGAUAUGUUUGCUUCUGUGGGUGCUGAUGGUUCGGUUCGGAUGUUUGAUUUACGACACUUGGAGCAUUCAACAAUUAUUUAUGAAGAUCCUCAGCAUACUCCUCUUCUACGUUUAGCUUGGAAUAAGCAAGACCCUAAUUAUUUAGCAACAGUUGCAAUGGAUGCUUGUGAAGUUAUUAUUUUGGAUGUUCGUGUACCAUGCACGCCAGUAGCACGCCUUAAUAACCAUCGUGCCUGUGUGAAUGGAAUAGCAUGGGCCCCUCAUUCAUCUUGUCAUAUUUGCACAGCAGGUGAUGACCAUCAAGCCUUGAUAUGGGAUAUUCAACAAAUGCCGAGAGCUAUUGAAGACCCAAUUUUAGCUUACACAGCAGCCGAAGGAGAAAUAAAUCAAAUCCAGUGGGGUGCAACACAGCCUGAUUGGAUAGCUAUUUGCUAUAAUAAAGCACUUGAAAUUUUGAGAGUGUAAACAGUUAUCAUUCUAUGUCAAGUCCAUGCAAAAAUAAAGUGCAUUUCAUGUAACUUCCACCUAGUUUGUACAUGCAUUUGACUGUAAAACAGUGUGAAACUAUGCAAGUUCUUUUCUGAGAAGUUUUGUAUCAAGUGAUUAGCAGUUCAUGGUUGUAUAUUUUUAGGUGAAGAGUAACUACAAAAAAUUGUGCCCAAAAUUGAAGUAAAUAUGUUAAUUUUUUUAUAACUAUAUAAUUUUAUAAUAUAUGUAUGUGUGUGUAUACACACAUAUAUUGCACGUCCUCACAGCCACCAAACUGGCUCGUAGGUGUGCACAAAAUUUUAUAUUCAUGCACUGCUAACAUUUAUUUUGCAGAGUUGUGUUUCUGCUUUUUUUAGCAUGUUCUACAGUCCAUUAAAAUUAAGCCCAGUAAUUUCUGAAAAAACUUGUAUUAGUAACAUAUCAUUUUCUGGCAGUUAAAUUGUAAUACAUUGUAAUUGAGGUUGAAUAUUAGGUAUUUGUAAGAAAUGUCUGUAAUUUUAUUUAUAAUGAUUUUUAACUUUGUACAGUUAUUCUGUCAAUGCCUGAUAUUCAGUGUAUUUUGUUACAUUUGUAACAAUCCAUUCUUUUUAACCAAGGUUUCAUUGCAAGAUAUUUUCUACAUAGAUGAAUAUGAAUGGUGAUUCAAUGAUUAUAAAGUUGUAUUGAAGCAUUCUACAAUGACCCUGGCACCCUAAGCCUAAAUAAUAGAUUGGAAAUCAGGAGAUGAGAUCUGAAAAAGUAUUUUUCGUAUGAUGAUUGGUAGUUAUGAAGGAAAAGCAUUAUACUAAUUUUGUUUAUUUUUGUUCUGAGAACUUCCAAGUUUUUUCCAAACAGUUUCACACAGUCACAUGGCGAAGGACUGCCAUACUUAAAUACUGAUAAUUAGAUUAUAUGUUCCACUUGUGGUAAAUCUGACAAGGAAAAGCUUAAGCUCAUUUGUGCUUGUUCCAUGAAAUGUAGUGAAAAUUUGCACAUUAUAGUUAAAAAAUGUACAGAAAACAAAUUACUUUAGUGGACUGGCACCCACUUCGCAUCAUUAGGGUGAAUUUCAAAACGGAUUAUACAUGAGCCCAAAACAUCUCUGCCACUGCUCAAGACAUCCAUUUGCUACAUAUGCCGAGAUCAAAGUCAUUUUCUUCAUGCUGGAGAUGUGCCUUCAUCUCCAGCAGGAAGAAUAUGACUGUGGCCCCAUCAACCAAUGAGCACAUCACUCCUUAACACUUUGCUUUUUAUGUCAAUUGUUUAACUUUCUGAAUUACAGAGAUAGUUAAAUAAGUUUUCAUACCAGUCUAUACACACCUGCUCAAUUAAUUCAGAUUGGCCAACGGUUGUUAAUCAACCCAAAAUUUCUAAAAAUAACCAACAACUGCGCAAUGGAGCGAACUCAUUCAUUACACUUUAUUUUGUAUCUUGCCAAUCUAAUACAUUACAAAAAUUAUCCAGAAAUAAUUUUAAAUAUGAAAAUCCCCCAAAUAUAGUGAAAUUUACACAAAAUUUUAUUUUCAAAAAUUUUCUAACACACAUGUUAACCUAGCCAUAGCUCAAAACAGAAAAUAAAUUUUAUUAAUUUAAUACAUAUUUAGAAACAAGUGCUAAAAUAUUUUUAAUGUGUUAAUCAAAGCAAAUGAAUUAUAGACUCCUAAAACAAACCCUCAGUUCUUAAUUAGAAUGCAGUCACAAAUAAUUAUAUUAUUAUUAUCAUACUGCUAAUGGAAACAAUUACUAACAAUUACUAAACAAUUACAAUGUAUUUGUACAUACAUUCUUUUUUGUAUAAUAGGGGAAGUGGGUAUGCUAUGUUAUCCGUUACUAAAUGCAUUAGACACAAGUAAAAGACAGACUUUAGUGCCUGUAUGCCCAUAUGCAGCAUUUCAUCUCCACGGGAUGAUGCACAACACUUUUACAUAAUUUUCCAUAAUCUUAUUCACAGCUAACUAUGGUGUUACACAGAACCUAAGUGUAUUAAUUUUUUUUUCAUAGUGAUUUGAUUUUGGUUUAAGCAUUGACGUGUUAUGCGAAGAUCUAUCCCUUUGUUGCAUUCGUUAUAGUUAAUCUUGGCUAAAAGUAAAUGCCGAUGUGCUCAUCACAACUAAGUAAAUAUGUUUUCAUGAAUGUUUCUUGUGUUUAGUUUUGCUUAUGAAGAUGAGGGCAUGUAUGUUUAUUUAUUUAUAAAAAUAAUUGAAAAUAAUAUUUUUAUUUUGUGACAUUAAUACAGCUGGCUUAUGCAGUCUGUUUGGAAACACUGAAAGACAUUUAGCGUUUAUUUACAAACAAAUAUUUUCGGUUUUAUUAACUAAAUGGAAUAAUGCAUAGUUUCACUUCUUUUCUAAAUGAGAGUAAAACUUAGGUGGAGUUACAUGGCAGACUUAAUAUUUUUCAGUAGGGUCUUGGUCAUUUAGUAUAUUUGUACAGUUAUCAGUUUGGAUAUUUUAACUUUAAACUAUUUUAUGUAAACUUAAGAAGUUGACUGUUAAUUUGUAUUUAUUUGGUUUGUAAGGAAGGUUGGUAUGUGUCAAGUGAGUCUCUCUUAAUGUUAGCAAAUGAUUUGUACAGUAUAUUUACAAUAAAUUUAGACUUUCAACACAUCAGUUUAUAGUUACAUUAAAUUUAUGUAAUGCAAAAUACACUAAAUACAUAAACAGUUGUAAAACAAGCUAAGCUUCCACAGAGUAUAUUUUCAUUUAUACAAAGUUGAUUUUUGAUAUGGUCAUGGUCAUUUAGUAGAGGAAAGUGCCCAAAUCUGUUUAAAAACUGGAUAAUGGUUAAAAGUUAUCCUUUAAAGCAUGUAAUGUUCACUUCAUAGUGUUAUUUACUUUAUAGGUUAAGUCUGAAUUUGACCGACAAGCUUAGGUUGCAGGUUCAUCACGUAAAAAUAAGUUGAAAACAUAAUACAACAUAUGGUCUAUAGUGCUUCCCAAGACUGGUGUAUGCCAUAGAUGUUGCAGCUGAUCCAGUCAUUAAUUGAAAAUAAUAAAGAAACUAUAUGAUGAGAUGCCAAGUGUCUGGGUAAUGUCUAAUUGAACAAAGUUCUAUAAACACUGCAAAUCUUGUCGCUGAAGAAAAACUAUUUAAUUGAAGUAAUUUAAGGUAACUACCAUAUUUCCCAUAAAUUUUUGUGAUCCGGAGGACUAAUGUGGUUUUUAACUGCUGAUUAUUAAUCUGCAUGUCAAAAUUUACGAAAAAGGUCAUCCUGUUUUACUUCCCUAUAUGCUAUACCCCACUGUAUUUGCAAAAAUAUUGGUAUAUAUAAUUCAGAACGAAAGGUGAGCCACACUUAAAACACUAGUUUGAAACAGAUGCCUAAAAUCAGGGGCACAUGUUGUUUAGUGAUGUACAUGCAUAUGAAGGUAUUUUGAAGAAAACAUGACACUAAUAAUAAAACUAAAAUGACUAUUAUUUACUUAGGGUGGCAACAAAAGUUACAAAUAUGUUUUUCUUUCAGCCCCAUCACAAUCAACAUGGGUCCACAAUGAACACGUUAUGCACAUGACCCAUAGUUCUUAGUUUUUGUAGUCCAAAAAAAUUGCCAUUACAACAUUACAAAAAAACAACACACAUCAUCAUCUGUGUUAGAGAAACUCUUGGAGGAAGAUCUGAAUUUGAUGUAUUAAAGGACAUGUUUCACCAUCUUCGCUAAUGGUUUAUUUACCUUUCUUUCAAAAAUGAGGUGCCUUUUUCUAUCCAAUCUUUUUUUUUUUUUUACGAACUACGUCAAUUGCUUUUGUCAUGUCAGACGUACUCCACUUUUGUUUGAUCUGUCGUCCCCAUAUUAUUUCCUUGCAGAUUGCAAAGAACAAGAGAGUGAAAAAAGUUAAAGAAGAAUAUAAGCAUAAAUAAUACAGGGUCUAGUUUAGGCAACUCAAGAAAACUCUUAAACCAAUAAGUUUUUAAUAAAAUGUCCAAAUGAAACAAUUAUAUGAUAUAAAGCAAGCUUGAACAUUACCAUUUAAGAAUAUAUCUGAGUUGAAAGACCUACCUGCCAAUAUUCAGGAACAAUAAGGAAAAAAAACUUUUACAUUUAGAGAACUUUGUUCACGAAUAAAACAAGUAAUGGCGGACUGUCAAGCAACAAGGAAACAGUUGAUGCAUGCGCUCCACUGCAGAUUGCUAGAAGCCUAGACUAUUAGUUAUGCUUGGUCUCACUAGAAAUCAGGCAAAUGCACAGCCAGGAGACACGGUGUCCAUUUUAGGGGGAGGGGUCAGAAUUUUGGCACUUUCCUCUUUAUUUGUACAUUUAUCAUUUUAGCUAUUUGAACUUUAAACUAUUUUCUGUAAACUUAUGAAACUAACUGUUUUAUUUGUAUUUACGUGGUUUGUAAGGAAGAUUGGUAUGUGUCAAGUGGCUCUCUUUUAAUAUUAGUAAAUGAUUUGUACAGUAUAUUUACAAUAGAUUUACACUUUUAACACAAUAUUUUAAUGGUUACAUUAAAUUUAUAUAUAGCAAAAUAGUUCAAAUACGUAAACAGUAGUAAUAUAAGCUUCCACAGGGUAUAAUUAAAAGUUGAUUGUAACAUUAAUUGCAUCAUGUAAGUACAUAUUUUUUUCUAUCCAUAAAAAGUGAUUUGUUCAUCUAUUUUUGUCAAGAUCAUGCACAUUUGAUUUAAAAUCAAUGGAGAAUCUCUAUCUUUAAACUAAUAGUUCAGCAUUUGAAAAUGUGUUUAAAAAUUUUCCCUCGAGUUAAUGUAAAAGAAACAAUUUGUUCACUACAUCACCUGUAAUACGGUCAAAACCUGAAAUAACGUGGUUCAUAACCAUCAUUUUGAGUAGCCUAUAACAAGGCAGUUGGGUCCUCCUGGUAAAAUUAGGUUAGCGGCAGCUAUCAAGGGAACCUGCCUGUGCCUUCCAGCACUGUCUGCUGGUUGUGUGAGAGAGGGAGUCUAGUCUGUGUCUUUUUACUUGAAAUAGUUCGGUAGACCAGUUCUAAGUCAAUUGAAUACGUAUUAGUUGUAGGAUUUACUAGGUAGUUUUUUGUUGGAAAUGGUAUUAUUUUAAAGAGUACAUGUAGACAUAAAUGUAUAUAUGAAUUUACAAUUGCCCAUGUAUGAUUUUUAAUAUUGGACCUGUAUGGCCUGUCACCAAGCAGUAGAUCCAUUUUUUUUUGCUGUGGGUUUGAAUGCUAGUCAUGUCAGUCUUAAUCUGGUGGGGUAUGCGUACCUCGGUUGCCGCCAGACCGUUUAGUAUGUUGGAUCCCAAGCUCAUCUGUCUCUUGAUACGACCAGCUAUAUAACUUAUUAAUUCAGUCCAACACACUGCAUGUUUGAUAAACACAUACUUAUUUAUAUAAACAAUAUUGGAAGCUAACAUCGUAAAUAUUCAGAUAGUACAAACAUAAUCCUAAAUAAACAUAUAAUUACAAAAAAAAUUAUUUGUACCUGGAAACAUUUUUAAGCCGACACUGAUAUGAACAUAUUUGUGAAAUAUUUCCAUGCUUAUUACAUCAACACAUGACAUUAAUUAUAAAAUGUAUGCUGAAACGGUUAAUGUCCAUUUAUAGUCGUAAUAUUGCUAUGGAUUCUUAAUAAAAGUGUUUACAACUACUAACCACUUUUGUCACAUUGAGGUUAAAUAAUUCAUGGACUAUUUAGCAACAAUAGGUAAUCGGAUUUUUAAACACAUUGAUCCUGCAAGGAACUGUUAGCAAGUUUUGAAACAAGCAAAAAUUUAUAUUCAGUAUGGUUCUUGAAUAGGAGCAGAAAUUCUAGUUUCACCAAUUGAAUUUUUACCUUGUGACAUCAAACCAAUCACAAAGCUUUCUCUGCCAAUUCAAAAACUUAAAAAUUUUUAACAUUUUCAACAAAUUUUUUGUGUUUAUAGGUAAUGUCUUUGGUCUGCCUUACACAAUUCAUUUAUUUAGCCUUUAUUUUAAACACCCUAUGUUGUAUUUAAUGACAUCCUGACACAUGUAUAUUCACUAUUUUGAAGUUAAUUUUUAUUCGUUGUUUUAAAACAUUUUGAAUGGUAAUGAAAGUUUAAUCUUCAUUAACACACCAGCCCUUUAAAAUUAAGGUUAGAUUUUAAGAAAUGUGCAUGAUCUGGUUAUGAUUUGCAAAAAAAAAAAUUUAUGUGUACUUUAAGAAUUUUUACUUUAAUAUAUUAUUUUUGUGUUGUAUGUUGUGCACUUGAGCUGUGACAUUCAUAGAAACCAAAUCUCUGAGAACUAACUUCGUGAUAUGUUAAUAUUUUUAUUAAUAUUUAGUUUUAGAGCACUCGGAUAUGAACUCUGUGUUGUUAUGAUUACAUAAUUUGUUGAUAUUUAGAAAGCUGUCUAUUUAUAAGUGAGUUCAAACCAUGAAUUUUGUCCCUGAAAUUAUAUUUGUUUUAAUUUUACUUAUUUAAAUGUUUGUGGAGUUAAUGAACAAUUGAUGGCAUGUUAGGCAAUUGGUAGUACAACUUUAUAUGUUAAUAUUUGACAUUAGCGGUAGGAACUUUAGAAUCUUUAAUGGUAUUAAUUAGUGAUUAGUAAGUGAUGUGCUAGUUUUUAAUGUUAUUAUUUGUUAAAUUUCUAAUUGAUUCAUUUUACUGAGUACGUAAUUAAUUUGUUAGUCAUCUGUAGAUAGUGGUACAUAUCAAAUAUUUUUUUAUGUUGCCAUGUUUGUCUUUCACAAGUAGUUUUAAAUUAAUGAAUAAUAUGUUCUGUAUGAAAGUAAUUCUAUUAUUAUUUUUAUAUCUGAAAAUUUGGCAAUUCUUGGUAAUAUUAUUAAUAUUAAAGCUUUCUUGGGUCCAAUGACUGAACUUAACUCUACAUUUUGAAUAACUGAGUUUUGUAGCAGUCAUAACAAAAAAGAUUUAAAUUUUUUCUUAGAUAAUUUGAAAGUUAUGUGUGUUAAGUAUAAUUUAAUAAACUGUAAUAUUAGUAAUUAAAACCGAAACAAAAUAAAAGUUUUUUAUAACAUUA